UCUCACUUUCAUUUGUGCCACAACAACCUGCGUGUCAAAUGCAAUUCUCAUUUCAGUAGCUGGGGACUGAACUUUGGGAUUACUUCUAAUGCUCAAGAAAAGAUCAGAACAGCCUGAAGAGGAACAAGAGACUUGGCUCUCACGGAAUGUAUAAUUUUUUGCUUCCUUCUGUGCUGUAAUCCUGGGAACAGCAAUGUCUUUAUUAGAAAACUCUCCCUCAUAUUGCUCUGCUUGGACCUCUGUUUCCUGGGCACUGCUUGCAGUAGCCAUCAUAGUUUUUCUUGCUUUCAUUGCCGCGUUGAUUUGUUUAAUUAAAGAGAAACGUAAGAAUUCACAAAGUAGAUAUGGUGAAGAAAGCAGAAGAAUAAUACCAGAUAAACUAAUAGCAGAGAAUGAUAAAUUAAUAAUAGAGAUUGAAAUCUUGAAGAUCGAAAAAGAAUUCUCAGAUGCCCGCUUCUACAGAGCUGAUGUGAUCUUGGACCCCAGGACAGCUCACCCAAAGCUAAAAGUGUCUGAAGAUGGCAAAAGUGUUUGGAACACAGGAAGUGUUUCUAAGGUUUCUGACUGGGAAAAGCGGUUUGACUCCCGCACAUUUAUUCUGGCAAAACGUGGAUUUUCAGAAGGCAGACAUUACUGGGAGGUGGGGAUUGGUCAGAAGAAAACCUGGGACUUGGGAGUUGCCUCUGCAACUGCUUCUAGAAAGGGGGAGAUCACCCUGUCUCCUGAGCAUGGCUACUGGGUCAUAGGAUGUGAUGAUGGGAAAGAUUACUGGGCUCGGACAGAGCAAUGGACCCGCCUGAAAGUGUAUGGAAAGCUUACAAAAUUAGGAAUAUUCCUAGAUAAAUCAGUUGGAAGCUUAUCUUUUUAUGAUGUCUGCAGUCAUAGGAAAUUGCACACCUAUAAAACACUUGGUGUUGGGGAGCUUUAUCCCUUCUUCUCCACAGGAUAUGUGACUGCAGGGCUAAGUGGUUCUCCACUAAGGAUUCUUCCAUGGAAUUUGCAAGAGUGACUGUGGGUUCAGAAUAGGAAAACAAACCAGCUAGCCCUGGAAUAGCUCAGAAUUAGUGAAGCCCUUUCAUUUAGCCAGGAUAGUGGUAUAAAUCCAGGUGCCAAAAAAUGAGAGAAACAGAGGAGACCCAAUGGCGUCAAUGAAUCCUGCAUCUAAGAAAUAGAAAUGAUUCAAAACAUAUGGAGUGUGGACGAGAUACCAAGAUCUACUUGGAAGGGAAACACUUUUAUGGCUAUCCCCUGUAGAAACUAGUACACAAAAGAAACUUAAUGUGAUGGAGAAUUGGGGCAGAUAUAGAGACAUACUUUAUUUUUCUGGAGAUGUAUGCAAAUUGAAAAAGUUUGAAGAAAUCUGAGAAUGGGUAAUGGAUUGGUUUCAAUAUUAUGAAAUUAAUGAGUUAUUUAAAAAUGUGUUUGUACAGUGGUACUUCAGGUUACAGAUAUUGAUAUUGAUUGAUAUUAGAAUGGGAGACAAAAGAUGAAAUGGUUAGCUUAAAAAUAUACUAUAUUGGAUUAUAAUAUUGUGGUUAUGAUUUGGUAGGUAGAAGAUAGGGUGCAGCAGAAGGAGAGAAACAACAACUUCAUGGAAAAUGGGGGGCGAUGGGACAAAAAUAAAAUAUGAAACUGUGUUUUGACUGUAUAUGUUAAAAAUGUUGAAACUUAAUAAAAUAUAAUUUUAAAAAUAUAAAUGAUUCAAAGCCUAGUUGUUCCUUGUAAGCAUGUAUAAAUAGGGAAAGUAAAUUUCAGUGACUACAUAAAUGUUGUAUAUUGUUCAA